UUAAGCCUGUGUGAUGAGCCCCGUGUCCCCCCCCGCGACGGUGACGGCCAGCGAGUCGCAGUCGAAGCCGAGACUCCACCGAGGCGCCGCCGGUAAGAGGACCCUGCAGCCGAUUUGUUGACAAAGGCGAGGAACGUCCGGCCGAAAAUGACGGAGAGCCUGAUAAGCGAGUGGCUGGCCGACUGCAAGGACGUCGCGCCGUCGGAGCUGCACAUGUUCGCCAGAACGCUCUCGCAGGACAAUGAGAUCGUGCGGGCGCUCUACAUGCUCCUGGAGGAGCGCACCAAGUACAGCGAGUUAAUGGACGAAGUGUGUAACCAAUUGUACAACUUUUAUCGGUCUCGGGAAAUAGAGUUACAAAGGUUCACUCUGCAAUUUCUACCAACGCUAAUAUAUAUUUAUCUAAAUUCUGCUGCACAUGGUGAUAUCAAGAGUUGUCGCUCCCUUGAGACUCUAUUGAUUGGAUUAUAUAAUCUAGAGGUGGUCGAUAAAUCAGGACAACAAAAAGCGAUCUCAUUUAGAUUACCAUCCCUUGCUAUGUUAUCCAUAUAUCAUGAGCCUGCGAGUCUAGCGCCAGCCUCACUGACCGAAAGCGCAGUACGUCGUUUUGAAGAGUGUAACUCGAAACUCGUGAGCUGGGGUCCGUUGCAGCAAGUAGAAACGUUAAACGCGCAAAAUAGAUUGAAAGUUAUGACAGCCCUACUUUUUAUUUAUAAUCAACAGCUUGGAUAUAUAAAUAAAUUUGCUAUGGAACAAUUGUGCAAGGUUGCAACAAAACUUGUUACUCAAGGAUUUAUGAAACCGGGACAUCAUCAACGUUCCUCAUACGGCAGUGAGUCUAGCUUUGUUCCAAGGCUUUUACCACGUAUACCAGUAUCCAGCCAAUUUCUCUUGGAAUUCUUGCAUGCUGUAUAUUUUGCCAUGUAUAACGAAUGCUGGUAUGUAGGAAAUCAAGCUAUAGAAGAUAUUCAUAACAGAGCGUGUUACGAAGCGUAUCCAAAUGUAAUGUUAGUUACCAACGCAAUACGCAACUCUGCCAGUUCUGGAGCACCAGGUCAACCGAGCGAUGGACCAAUUGGAAUUAGUGUUGCAUUGUCCCCAGCAACUACUACACCAACCGUUUCAAAGUCUAUGAUCACAAACGCUUCCUUCCGUACUAAGAAAUUACCAGAUGACAUACCAAUACAAGUUAUAAAAGAUGACACUACCGGAGAGGGUAAAGGUAACCUGGUGUCAAUCAUAGAGGAACCAGAAUCAACAGAGCCGAACCGCAUUGGUUCCAUGAGACAAUCAAAGGAUCAAAAGACUGCUUCGAAGAUUGCGAAUUUCCCUGUGCUCGGGAAGAAACCUAAGGAGAAGGAGGGGAAGGUAACGAAAAAUGCUCACGUCGCGUUGUUCGAAAAGGAGAAGAAGCUCGCCUCUCAGGCGACGUCGAAGGAGAGCAUUAAAGGAAAUUUAUCGAUGACAAAUAGUGAGCAGCAGGCGGAAAUCGAUGCAAAUGUUAACGGAUGUGCGAUCCGAAAGAAAAAUAAUGUAGAAAAUAAUACGAUCAUAAUAGAUCCUAACGUGGCGUUGAUCGACGGCGAGAGACUGGCGUUAAGUAGUGACGUUACCGAUGGUAGUAAUAUGGAAAAUUCUCUUAAUUUAAGGGCACACAAUGAAACGGAGUCUAUUGGUUCGUCUAUCCAAAUCAGCUCUGUUUAAUGAUAAAAGUCUACAAGGGGAAUACAUAAAAAUAGUAAUGGGCUGAGUAUAUUAAGCAAAUAAGCCGUUCUCUUCCAUCUAGCAAAAUCUUGUUAAAUCCAUGUAUAAUGUGUACACGUUGCCUUUUCCUAGAAUUAUUUAAGAUCACGCGCACUAUUUUCUCAACAAGGAUGCAUGUAUAUUACCACCUGCAUUGCGAUACUUAUAAGGAUCGUAUAUUUUUCUUGACAUGUAGCAAUUUUAGUCAGUCCAUUAUUCUACUGAUCUCCGUGGUAAGCAUAAAAAAUGGGAGAGGGGAACAAUAUGAACUAUAAAGGUACACGGUUGUUUCGUUAAGUGUUUUUGUGCAUAUUCGGUGCAUAUUGACUAAUUUUUGUAACGAAAUCUAUAAUUUAUUCCAUAUAUUUUAUAAAUACGUCGUCGUAUGAUAUUGUAAUACCUCUUUAUCCAGAUACAGUUAUCGAGUUUCACUCCUAGAGAUUAUAGAUCAUUACAAUCGGGGGUGGGGGGAAACGAGUAUUAUCAUAAUGCAAUACAUAUGGAUAUAUAUUUAUGUUUGACCCAGAUGUGUGCCUUGAUGUAGUUGUAGCGAGCCUUUCUCUAUGGUUCCAAGUAUAUAAGUAAUAAAUUUGUGUCCAAAGAUACCAUUACAAUAUUGCCACAAAUGCAGCAUAAAACGAAAAGUGGAGAGGAGGAUGAGGAAAAGGGAAAAAACGUUGUUACAAACAAAGCUGCGAUGUCACUUAAUUAUAAACAGGAUGAAUAGGUACCUAUAUAUAGAGUAUAGGGCAUAUCUGGGUUGAAUAAUAGACACCUCCUAUUAAUUUUGUCAUAAUUGUUCUAGUAUGAUAUUGAGGAUUCAUGACAAAUUAUCUGUUUUUGCAAAUAAUAGUUGAUAUAUAAUAAUAUUAAUAUAAACAUUGAUAUAUGUAUAUACGAUAUAUAUGUGAUUGUUGAAAAUAAUUACGAAAUUCAAAUAUAAAGAGCGAUUUUAUUCUCACGUGAACGUCGACCCACGUUGAAAAUGGUCGACUAAUCAGUAAAACUGUCAUCCGUGCAUGGAAAAAUGGGAAUUGGAUAGAAAACGUAGAUACGUAUUUUUUCAAUAAACAUCAAGUUCUUUAUAUCCAUGGAUAUAAUGAGUUAAAUAAGUUAAAUUUCUAUAGUUAGUCUAUCUAACAUUUUAUUCUACGGAUUCUAUGAUUUGCGUUUAAACGCUCGGUCAAGAUGCGAUCUCUUCGUGUGUGAGAUCAAUGUGACACAAUUAAUUCUCUAAACUCUUUAGCUUAAUUUGAUUAAACAUAAAAAAUAACAUAAAAAUGACAAGUAGCAAAAGAGAGUCACGUCUUUCAGGAUUUUCGAAUUUUUGCACAAAAAGAAUUUAGGAUUUUUACAAAUUAACGCGUGUGUCGAGAACACACAUAUAAAAAGGUAUUGAUCUAUAUUUAAAAUCUUCAAAGCCCAACUUCUCAUUUUGCAUGUCUUUGCGCAUUUCUUUUUAGAAGAGAUGUACAAAUAUAGACGUAAAGUUGGCAAAUGAAAGAGAGAUACGCCAAAGACUGCAGAACCGCUACGCUACUUCAUGUGAUAAUUAGCUCUCCCUUUAAAGUUUCGCCGAGGAGAAGUUAAUUCAAUAAAUUCUCCUCAAAGGGCACUAUAAUCAAUUCCCAUUUCUUUAUGCACGUUCUGAAUUCACACAGAGUUGUACUAAACUAUUAAUGUGUAAAUAUUAUUAAAAAAAAAAACUAAUUGUGUAUAGAGACGAGAGAAGAAAGUUUGAUUCAAAUGUAAAAGAAUCGUAAUAUAUUGUGAAUUGCAUUUGUUAAAAAUAGAUCGAAAUGUUCCGAAAUUGUGAAAUAUAUCAUGAACAAAACGGAGUCAAUGCUUGUUUGAAGGUCAGUGAUUAAUUACUCUAUGGCCUAUAUUGUAUUAAUUAAAGUAUAACAUGGAUUGUAAAAAUACAUUGAAGUUAUUUGGAAAAGUUGAUGAUGGCAACGACAAAGGUAAAUGCCGUUAUUUUAUUUACGACCCUUUACAAUAAUUUCUUUUAUUCAAUGUGAUAGAGAGUACCGUUUGAAAUACGACCGAUACACAUAUCUAAUUAUUUUCAUGCAGGAACAUCUGCAAAUUUACCUUCCACGUUUAUCUUUGUAUUAUUUAAAUAAAACUGUUUUAAAAACGUUUUUUGAAUUAUAAA